AUGGCUAUCUAUAUGAGCAUUUCUGUUGCUUUUUGUGGUGUAUUUUCUGCAUAUCCUUUACUACUCUCUUGGUUAACAAAUAACGUCGGCGGUCAUACAAAAAGGGCAAUGGCAAUUAGUCUCGUUCUUGGCAUUGCUCAAUUCGGUGGCAUUGCCACACCUCUGAUAUAUACAGAUGAUGAUAAGCCGGCCUAUCGACGCGGCCAUAUGAUCUGCGGUGGAAUGAUAGCUGGCAGUUUGAUUCUCACCAUUAUUCUACGCAUUUGUUUACUGAGAGAAAAUAACCGACGCGCAAACUUAUCAUCGGAGGAAUAUCAACGAGAGGCAGCUAUUAAGGAACUCUGCGAUCGAUUUUUAACAAAAUUUGUUGGUGAAUGUAAUGAAAAAGAUUUGCCUAUUAUUAAAGAUCAAUGGCGAAAUCUAAUGAUUGAUCGAUUAGAAGAAGAACUUAAACGACCAUAUCAAAUUGAUAGUCCUUUCGAAAUUAAUAUAACAUUUGAAUUUAAUAAAGAAAGUGAAGAACUUAAUUUUUUACGAAAAUUUCGUUAUGCUGAUAAUCCUAAAUUACAAGUAAGAUAUUUUUUAAUUAAAUUAUAUGACCAUUGCUUAUUUUUCUUAUCAGUACCAAUAAGAAUAGCAUCACAUGUACAAUAG